AUGGUUGCGCCGAGCUCAGCAUGGGCAGCUCUGAAAGACUACAACCUUGACCCCAACGCUCCCAUCGAGGAGGUUGCCGUACAGCUCGGCACGGAAGACGGUCAAUACGUAUUUAUCCCCAACACUUUGGAGUUCACCGCGGGCAGGAUCUGCAAGCUCAAGCUCAGAAACCCGUCAACUUCCACACACUACUUUACCGCUUUUGAAUUUGCGGAAAAGGUUUUCUCGAUCUUAGUCCUAGCUGGAGAUCCGGCGGUGGAGGUCAAGGGAGGGAUUCAGGAGGUGGCGCUGAAGGCGGGCGCCUCCGCUACCUGGGUCUUCAUUCCCAUGAAGCCCGGAAAGUACCCUCUGCGCUGCACCGUUAAGGGACAUGACGCGAUGGUGGGUCAGAUCAUUGUCCGGCGCGCCGAGUAA